AUGUCAGGCUUCAGUUGUGAAGACGAGUUGCAUUCUCAUAACCAUGACCACGGUCACAGUCAUGGCGAUGAUCACGGACAUGGUCAUAACCACGAUCAUGGACAUUCUCAUGAACCACCUGCAGAAACGUUCUCUAACCAGUCCCUAUAUACACAUAUUGACAUGACAAAAGUACAAGUCCUGAAUGGAGUUAGCAAUGAUAGGUCAAGUUUGGUUUCAAAAAGCUUUUUGAAGCCGCAAGAUGAGAAGUAUAAUACUUCCCUUUACUUAGAGUCAGACGCAGACUGUCAAGUGUUACUUCAGAUUCCCUUUACUGCAUCUGUUAAAAUAUUUGCAAUUAUAUUACGAGUUAACAAGGGUGGAUCAGGGUAUAGUACACCAAGACACAUUCAGUUGUAUAAGAACUACAAUAAGAAUUUGGACUUUGAUACCAUAAACGAUCUGAAGGCGGAGUACACCGUCGAGUUUCCAGACAACGUCGGUAUUGAACCAGAUUAUAAUAAUGAAUCAUUAUUUGAUGAUGACACAUUUAUCAAGUUUGACUUGCCAAGGAAUAUCUUCCAGAAUUGUGAGAACUUGACUGUCUUAGUGAAGGAUAACUGGUCGGGUGAUGAGGAUGACCUUAAUAGAUUAUAUUUCUGUGAGUUAAGAGGUGAAGCGACAGGGAAACUAAGAAAUUCAGGAGUUCCAAUUGUUGCAGUGUAUGAGGCGGCUCCGAACCCUGCUGAUGUGAAAUUGGAAUCGCAAACUAUUAAUUACGCCUCGUAA